GACUAAAAAAUGAACUCCAUCGCAAUGGUAGCUCUGCCCGCUGUCUACCACGACUCCCUCUCUCGGCCGUUUUACUCCUCUCGCUUCUUCUUCUGGAAUGCUCCUUCUCUUCCUCUACCCUAGCGAGGUCUACCGUCUCGCAUCGACCCUCGCCAUACUGGUCUGGUGCAGAAAAUUGUGCUUCUGAUUGAUCCUUAGAUCGGAGGCGUCCCGAAGAGGCCGGAGAAGGUCUGGAGAGCUUGAAAUGGAAAGACUAUGCGAGAUGCGAGAGAUCUCCUGAAUAAGCUCUCGGCGGUUAUGGCGAAGGUGGAGAUCGGCAAGGAAGACGGAGAAAGGAGGGAUCUUGUUGCGGAUAGCAAAGAGUCGAUGGUGAGGUGGAGAGGAAAAUUGGUACUCGGUAGGUUGAGGAAGACAGAGGUUGUUUGGUGAAUAAUAGAAAAACAGAGGGUGUUUUUGGCGUACUUCCAUCAAAUCGUAUAAAACGGAAAGGGGCCUUAGGGUUUGUGUGGUUCGUCCGCGUUUGAUUUCGGUCCGUUUUUCCUGACUUCCAGUUGCGAGGCUUCACCGGGAAUCCACCCUUCAUGGCCACGACGGGAGCUCGGGCGGCAGCGCGAUGCUCCCGUGGGAUUCGAAGCAGCGACGGGCUCUUCAAACCCAUGCGCUCUGACGAGGAAACGUCGUCGUCGGUGGCUUGCACGACGACUCUGCCUGUGGCUCCACCUCGGUGUCAUUCUGCAUGGGCUGGGAAUCGGGUAUUUCGCCGAAAAAAUGGGAACUUUCUCCAGAAUUCGAGGUUAGCUAUCUCUUGCAAUCGAAGAUUCUCAACUGGAAACCAUCAAGUCGGGGGUGGUGAGGAACAAAAGGGAGUUUCUGUUGAUCAAGUUUGCCGCAUUCUGAAUGGAGGUCCUUGGGGACCCGAUACAGAGAGAGUCCUUUCUGAGAUCCACGGAAAGCCCAAUGCAGAAUUCAUCUACGGCGUGUUAAAGCAGCAGAAAGAUUUGAACUUGGGAUUAAAUUAUUUUCGGUGGGUGGAAAACACUACCGGCGAGCCACAUGCUUCCGAGGCAUAUAACUCCCUAAUCAUGAUCAUGGCCACUAGUAGGAGAUAUGAUUGUUUAGAAAAGAUUUUGGAGGAAAUGAGUGUUCUUGGGCAUGGUAUAUGGAACCUUGUCUGCAUUGAGUUGGUCACCAGCUUUAUCAAAUCCAGGAAAUUGAAACAAGCUGUUGAUGUGAUGCAUUUGUUGCGGAAGUUUAAAUUCCGUCCUGCGUUUUCAGCUUAUACAACACUGAUAGGCGUGCUUGCAGAUUCUGGUGAACCUGAGUCUGCUCUUACCAUGUUCCAGCAAAUGCAGGAGAUUGGGUAUGAAGUUAACAUUCAACUGUUUACGACAUUGAUUCGUGUGUUUGCCAGAGGAGGGAAGCUCGAUGCAGCUCUCUCCUUGCUGGAUGAGACGAAGAGCAACUCACUCGAAGCGGAUCUCGUGCUGUAUAAUGUCUGCAUCGACUGCUUUGGCAAAGUAGGAAAAGUUGACAUGGCAUGGAAGUUUUUUCAUGAGCUCAAAACACAGGGCUUCAAACCGGAUGACGUGUCUUAUACUAGCAUGAUUAGGGUUCUAUUGAAAGCAGGUAGGCUUAGUGAAGCUGUGGUGCUCUUUGAGGAAAUGGAGCAAGAAAGAAAAAUUCCAUGUGCUUAUGCUUACAAUACAAUGAUCAUGGGCUACGGUUCUGCUGGAAUGUUUGAUGAUGCUUUCAAGUUGCUAGACCAGCUAAGAGAGAAAGGAUGCAUUCCAAGUGUCGUUGCUUAUAAUUCAAUUCUCACUUGCCUAGGUAAAAAAGGGAAAUUUGAUGAGGCUCUGAAUGUUUUUGAAGAGAUGAAGAAAGAUGCAAAACCCAACGUCUCAACUUACAACAUAAUGAUCGAUAUGCUUUGCUCGCUCGGGAAAGUUGAAGCGACGUAUAAAAUCAGAGAUGAUAUGGAGACUGCUGGCUUGUUUCCUAAUGUACUGACUGUGAAUAUAAUGAUAGACAGAUUGUGCAAGUCAGGGAAGCUUGAUGAGGCCUGCAAGAUAUUUGAAGGAAUUAGUCUGAAGGGCUGCACCCCUGAUGCUGUGACAUAUGGUUCGCUUAUUGAUGGUUUAGGCAAGAUGGGUAAGGUUGAUGAAGCUUAUAGGUUGUUUGAGAGGAUGUUGGACGCGGGACACACACCCAAUUGUGUUGUGUACACAUCUCUGAUUAGAAACUUCUUCAGGCAUGGCAGAAAAGAAGAUGGCCAUAAGAUCUACAAGGAGAUGAGUAGCCGAAGGUGUCCCCCUGACUUGACUCUUCUAAAUACUUACAUGGAUUGCACCUUCAAGGCAGGCGAAGUUGAAAAGGGCCGUGCCAUAUUUGAGCACAUCAGAGAUUGUGGAUUAUCCCCUGAUACUUAUAGCUAUUCUGCAUUGAUUCAUGGUCUCACGAAAGCUGGUCAUGCACGUGAAACAUACAAGUUGUUUUACGCCAUGAAAGAUCAAGGUUGUGUGCUAGACAGACGUGCAUAUAAUGUUGUCAUCGAUGGUUUCUGCAAGGCAGGUAAAGUAGAUAAAGCUUACCAGCUCCUGGAAGAGAUGAAGGCCCAGGGCCAUCCUCCCACCGUGGUUACAUAUGGGACGGUGAUAGAUGGUCUUGCAAAGAUUGAUAGGCUUGAUGAGGCUUACAUGCUAUUUGAAGAAGCAAAAUCGCUUGGCAUAGUGUUGAAUGUUGUUGUUUACAGUAGUUUAAUAGAUGGUUUCGGUAAACUAGGGAGGAUCGACGAAGCUUAUCUGAUUAUGGAAGAGAUGAUGCAGAAAGGUCUAACGCCUAACGUGUACACAUGGAAUUGUCUAAUGCAUGCUCUAGUGAAGGCGCAGGAGAUAAAUGAAGCACUUGUUUGUUUUCAGUCGAUGAAAGAAAUGAAGUGCACUCCCAACACCUAUACUUACACCAUUCUUAUAAACGGUUGCUGUCGAGUGCAGAAGUACAACAAGGCUUUUGUAUUCUGGCAAGAAAUGCAGAAAAAUGGUCUGGUUCCUAAUGUGGUCACCUACACAACCAUGAUAUCGGGAUUGUCGAAAUUAGGGAACAUAUCAGAGGCUAGUAAACUCUUUGAGAAGUUCAAGGCUAACGGUGGUAUUCCCGACUCAGUUAGCUUCAAUGCUCUCAUAGAAGGGAUGAGCAAUGCCAAUAGACCGAUGGAUGCUUACAAGGUUUUUGAAGAAACUCGAAUAAGGGGAUGUAAAAUUAAUGCCAAGACUUGUAUGGCUCUCCUAGAUGCAUUGAACAAGGCUGAAUGUCUUGAGCAGGCUGCCAUUGUUGGUGCUGUCUUGAAGGAGAUGGCGAAAUCCCAGCAUGCUGCUAGAUCAUUGUAGAGUGCACAUUGAUGUGGUAAAAUGAAGUUUAUCCUUGUCCUAAUAAAAGAAUUCCUUCAGAAAAGAUACAUUUGUCUUGUUGUACAAGUUGUUGUUCCUGAGAAAACAUUACUUAUGCUCCGACAUAACAAAGAUAGGUUGAGAAUCACAUAUCUGUUGCUAUUGAUUUUGGCACAUCAGUUGGAGAAUUCUUACCAUUUGUUCCUGCUAGCUGACCGAAGGUUUCUUGACUCCAAUCAUUUUUUCAUCAUGAAGGUUUAUGAAGGAUGCACCAUUGAGGUACUAGAAAGAUAAGCUCUCAUGUUCGAAUCAAUUAUGUUACUAGUUUAGUAGAAUGCUUUAAUGGAGUUAACAGAGUCUAGCAGCAUGUAUUUCUCAGCUAACAAUUUUGUUUCUCCCCCUAAACUUCGGUAGCUGUCCUAAAAAGGCUCUUAGACUCUUCAAAUCUUCAUUUUACCUCCAAUUUCCAUUAAUGUCUGUCAUCAGCAAGAAAUAGUCGUGGGGCACAUCGACAUUAAGAAUAACUACAAAUCUUCAUGUUAUGGGUUAUGGCACAAUUCUACCGAACAAAACAUCCUGAUAAAAGCUCUGGUAAAGCUUCUCGAGAAGAUGAGUAGUGUUGAGGAAUCAGAGCUUUGCAGUUUCUCACAGCAUUUUGCGUGUAGUCUAGUCUCUUCAAGUUUCUGUUGUUCGGCAAUGCAAACUUCAAGCGAAAAUGCAAGAGACUUGAAUCCGCCAAAAGAAUCAGGGAUGAAGAUGUAUAUGCUUCAGGAAAUAGUUAUGUCAUCAGGAGGUUUGUCAAGACAAUCUCCAUCUACUUCUACUUCUCUUGCAUUUAGUGUCUGAAAGGCAAAGAGACAUCCCGAUGUGCAAAUAAUAGGGCGAACAUUGUAUUCAAGUUUCUAUCAGGAUUUUUUUUUUAAGAAAAAACAUAUAUUAGCAGUUUAAUACAUGAUACGGUGAUGAGAUAAGAGGAAAGGGCAUUUUCGUCAUUUCCUAUUUGGAGGAUUUUGGUUUUAAGGAUGACACUGUUCAUCAGCAAGCUCUCUAGUG